AUGUGCAUUCCGCGCAGGGGGUCUGUAGCCGGCAUUGCUGCUGUUGUGUCACGAGAGGUUAUAUGUUACAUAUUACUCCUCCCCACGCGGUUCCUUAAUCAAUCCCACCGGCACCCCCGGGCGUCUGUCAACUCAGAGGAAAUGCAGCUUAUUAUCCAUCGAGUUGAGGAUGCUGGGCUACACCGUAUCUGUUCUUGCUCUCCCAGUGUCUUUGUUCUGAACCCGUUGAUUCCUGUUGUUCUUGGAUUGAGGACGACAGUGGGCUCGCCAUGUACAGACGUUUGCCAUCAGACGUCCAACGAGACAACUCCGGCGGACAUCGUCUGUCUGGACAGUGACUACAAUACGACUAUAACAGGCUCGAAUUUUCAGAAAUGCGUCGAGUGCCAGUUACGCAGCUCCUAUGCAGACAACUACACGGGGGAGACCGAUGUCUUAUGGGGUUUAUAUAACCUUCGCUAUGCCUUCUCGACUUGUGUCUUCGGAUAUCCCAAGCAGGUAAACAAUAUCUCAUCGCCGUGUAUAGUCGCAUGUCAGCCUUUGGAUGCGGCGCUGGAGCCCGGCUUGACAACAGCGACUUCCGAUUAUUACUCCAUGUGUCUCCCUGAUGUCUUUCCGGACAACAUCGUUACUACUUGCGAGUUCUGCUACAACCUGACGACGAAUCAGGUAUACAUGGCGAACUUCAUCGAAGCCCUGCGUUACAACUGCCAUUUCAGAACUUCGCUGACCGACGCAUUCGCCAUCAGUCCGACGAAGAUUUUCUACCCAUCGGGGCUUCCACCGUCCGUGCCAACAUCAUCCGCCGCUUCAGGAUCAUCCGGCCAUCGGAACCUCACUGUAAUCAUUGUCUUACCCGUCCUGGCCGGCGUUAUCCUCAUCUCUGUCGCCCUUGGCGCACCUUCAAGCUCUCUGGGACCAUGCCCUCAUCCACUCCCCCGGCCUCCAGACGGGGGGCGAUCAGGCUUUUCGAGAGUUAACCGUCUUCGCGUCUGGCAUGUACGGUCCAAGAUACGCAUUCGCAGACCAUCAGCAGACCCCAGGGUCUUCCAAACCAGGUGACGACCAUGUCAAGAUCACCCAGCCUGUUGUGGCUGGUCAACCGUCGUCAUAUUAUGUUCCACCUGGGAACAUUUGAUUCUCAAUGAUCCAGUACCUAUGGUCGAGCUCUUGUUCUAUAGACACCGCGCCACAACAGAAGUGAUACUUAUAUACGCUUUACUUAUGGUUUCUUUACCACGGUACAUGUGGCUCCGCUGUUUAUUUAUUCUUCAUCACAUCUAAAGAUGAUUCUUCCCUGCUGUCAUUGUAUUCCUUUUCUCGGUUGGUCGUUAGAAAUUCCUUGAUCGAACCGUCUUAACCGUUCUGCCGAUGUUUGAGACAUCACAUGCGGUUCCAGGUUUUCUCUUUACUAUGGCUACCGGCUUGUACCGGAUUAUCCCUCUCCUCUCUUUCCUUUAUUGAGAUUGCGUGGACAGGUACCGGGGACUUAUGAUGUCCUGCCGGGUUGUGAUUACUAUGUUACCCUGUUCGAUGUAUGCAAAUAAGGACAAUACUAGAUAUACGUAUCCUAACCCAACCUUGAGCCUACGACCGAA